UAGUAUAGGAUUCUAAUUUGCAAAAUAACAGCGCAAGCUGCGCAAGUUUUCAUGCGCAAUGAAAACUUCCCUAAAUUCACUGGUCGAUUGCGGUGUUCCAUUUAGUUUUUCAGCUGAUCACGCUUUCUACGGGCGCCUCGCAGACGACGCGUGUGUCAUGUGCGAAACUGUCGCAGCGUAGUAAGAAGAGUGCUCGUGUACUGUGUAGUUGCUAGCUUGUGGCAGUGAAAAUGUUUUCAGGACUCACUAAUCAGGUCAGUUCUUGGAUGGGAGCAGCUAAAGGCGAGCCCCAAGACGAAGAAGUGCCAACUCCCACCAAAGAUGCGACAGGCGAGACUACGGCGGAGGGCGAAAAACAAAGCCCAACCAAAGGAGCAGGCAAACUUGAUCUCAUCACCAAUGUGAAGUCACAGAUGACCGGUUGGCUAGGAUCAGGCAUUCCUAUUCCAGGUCUUAGGAAAAAUGAAUCAGCACCUACAGACCCCAAUGAACCAGCCCCAGUAGAGCAAACUGAAGUUGCUGCUGAACCUAAGCCAGAAGCAAAAGAUGAUGAUGAUAACUCUAGGUAUAAUAGCGCGACUGGAGGCGCUGACAGCAGACCUGGAUCCACCGGAGGCACUCCGACCGAAGAGCAACCCGCCGGUGUUGGUAACGGUCCACAGAGUAAAAAGUUAUUCAAUGUAGACGCCAUCGACGUACCAGAUAUGCAAGAGUUGACCACAAAAGCUGUGGCCGGUGCCAAGUCGCUGGGUAACUUCCUCUACUCGGCGGUGAAUAAGGCUGGUGCUAAGGUCAGCGAGGCCAGUGCGAAGAUCAAGAAGACGGUCGAGGAGAAUAGCAUCCUCGGUGAAUUCAACCGCGAGCAAGAUGCUUUUAUCAAGGGGCAGGAAGGUCGCGGUGGCGCCGCCGCUCCACCAUGGGUCGGAGCACCCAACGAGGCUGCACUCAAGGAAGAGUGCCUUUCUCUUUCUACCGACCGAAGGAACUUCGUCCGUGCACCGCCAGCGGGCGUUGAAUUUGACUUCGAUUACAACAAGAUGUACCCAGUGGCUGUUUCCAUCAUGAACGAAGAUCCUAACCUCUCUACGAUGCGCUUCGACCUGGUACCCAAAGUUAUCACGGAGGAGAACUUCUGGCGGAACUAUUUCUACCGCGUGUCGCUGAUCUGCCAAGCCAACGAGGCCGACGCUGCUGGCGGACGCCAGUCCAGCGCUGAAGAUUCCCAAGAGUCAGCCAGCGAAAUUCUGAUAUCUAAAGAGAAAGCGUCACAAGAUGCAAUAGCCGAUGCGAAGAAACGAAUAAAAUCUCUAAAAGUCGAUAGAGAAAAUACCGAUGCUUAAGCCAGGCACGGACACCAAGGAGCAUCGUAUCACUAUUCGUAUACUAUAACACCUCGGUCGCUUCUACAUACUAUCCGUUUAAAACGAAUGCUUGACAUUUAUAACACAGCAUCAAUAAUGUUAUAUUUAACAGUAUCCCUGUUGCCGUCAUUCGAAAUUGAAAUAAUUUCUUUAAUAAUGUGAUUUUGUUUAUUGGAUGGUAUUCGAAGCUGUCCGAUAAUAGAUGCUUGCAUUCAUUAUCUAAUUCCCUUUAACGAAUUGUUUUGAUCUUGAUAAGGUAAUGCCAUGAUAGUAUUAAAUUGAUGAAAUAUUAACACCAUUUUAUCACAAUUGAUAAUCUAUGUUAAUCUAGAAUAUAUUUGGGUACGAGUAUUAAUGAAACCAGUAAUAACCGGUUUCAUACACAGGAUGAUGUCUUAACAUUUGUGAGUUGCAGCGUGUGACGUCAUCAAAAGUAUUAUGGCGGCUCGUAAUGGCGUUAUCAAUUCAAGUGUCACUGUUGAUCUCUUUAUAUUUAUAUAUUGUUUUAAAUUUUUUAUAUAUAUAUGUAUAAAAUUUAUGCCUCUCGUGGCCUAUUGUUUAUUUUAUAAAUUUAAAGUUUAUGAGCUAUACUAUCAUAUCCACAUUCUUGUUGUUAUAUCGUGUGUCGU